AGAGAAUGGUAUAAAACGGCUCGCUCUUGCAGGGCAGCAACCCUCCUGAAAUUCCUGCACUGGAAAGUGAAUGAAAUCCGGGAUGACUACUAUGCAUUGCGCUGCCGUGUUUUUGGUCGUCGCCUUCUUUAUGGCCGCGCAGGGUAUACCGUCGGCCAGGACCUUUGCCUCGUCGCAGCAUCGCGCCCCCCAUCAGCAUCCCGCCUUUGCAGGCGCCUCGCACCAGACCAUCAAGCACGGACCCCAAGUUCUGGUCGAAGGCGACUCUUUCGUUUCCGCUCUUGUCUGCCGAGUUGUCAAGGUUCCUAUUGGCCAGUCCGGUGCUCAGACAUCCAUGCCGUCCAACAACGUCCCGGCCACUGUUGCAGUUUGUUAUCCGCCAAUUACGGCGUCGUCAGUCAUCUCCUCCACGCAGGAUGCCUUGUCGAAUCUUAGGUCCAGCGUCCAAACGGCUGUAGACAGACUUGUCGAGCCUGUUGUCACCGCCUUGCAGGACGCGUCGCUAUGGCUCAACCGCACGUCGCAGCUUCACCUGCACCAAUCCCACCAGCACUCUGCUCAACACGCGCACCAGCAUGGCGGCCAAGCUCACCACACACACAUGCACGAAAUUAACAACCACCACGAGCAUCAUCACAUGCAUGGUGGUCACGACAACAACCACGCGGCUAAUGAGCACGCCCCCAACCACCAGGUUCACCCUACUCGCCGUCAUGACACCCCGCCAAGGGUUGCAGACCCGGCUGUGCCGAUGACCGUCGUAUCCGUUCCUGUCCUGGUUCCCGCAGUACAUGCCGGCUCUCUUCCCCUUUUAAACUUGUCUUCCGUUGUUCCUGCCGGUGUCGACGUGGCCUCUCUGCAGCUUUCAAACAACGGAUGGGAUAACGUCACAUCGUCGUUCAGCGCUACUGCCGGAUUUAUCGCUGCCACAACCCAGCCUGCAUCAACGCCCGCGGGUGGUGACCUUGUCGGCCGCUCUGGUGUUGCACCCACCGCGCCAAGCGCGGACGCCCCAGAUACUCUGGCGUCAGACGUGCACACUUCUACAACACUAUUCAAUAUUAGCAUGCUUUCGGUUGGGUCUGAUAACCUCGACGCCUUGGCCAGACAGUUUCAUGUUAUAGACCACCGCCCUGUAUGUCCUUAUGAUUGUGUACCACCGGAACAGCGGCGGUAACACCUACGACGACGAGGUUUUUCACGGCGGCGACAAACUUUUACUGCAGUGCGUAACUAGUGGGGCGAUACAGCCGUGAUUAGUAUUUCAGAAAAAUCGCUGUACACACACAGUUGGCAUUGCACCAGAUGACCUUUAGCGUGGGUAUUUUGCUUUUACAAUGCCGCAUGUAAAAGUGGCAAUAAACCCGGCUGUUUUUAUGCA